CUGGCUUGCUGAUAUUUAUGAAAUACGUACUAAAUGGGUUCCUUGUUUUGUGAAACACAUAUUUUGUGCUGGAAUGUUAAAUAGUCAACGUGUCGAAAGCACACGUGUUUUUUUUUUAAAAGUAUGUUAACAAGAAGUGCACUGUGAGCCGGUGUGUGACACGUAUUACUCAGGCUAUUGUAAGACAGAGGCACAGAGAGCUUGCUGCUGAUCAUCGCGACCGAAAUGAAGUUCCACAUGUGAAAUCAAGUUAUUUAAUGGAACGACAAAUGGGUGGAAUAUACACAAGGGUGUAAAAAAUUUGAAUUUAUGGGAAUUACUUGCCGCCAUAUUCUCAUAUGGAUGAGGCUCAAGCAGGUGUUGUUACUGCCAGAGAAAUAUAUUCUUCAUCGUUGGACAAAGAAAGCAAAGAUAAACCCUAUUUAUCAGCCUGCAACUAAUUCAUUUGUUGGUAAGAAAUUAUGGACAAGGCGGGUCAAGCUAAGGUUGUCUGCUUUCGAAGUUGUUGACAUGGCAUCCUUAACUGAAGAACGAAGUAACUACUUCGCAGGUGUCUUAAAGGGUGCUAUACUACUAUGGAUCACCAUGUUUGGGAUGGGGGUUUAUGACUCUCCCAUUCAUGUUUGGGAAUUUAUAAAAUUGGAGGGG